CAGUCCCUUGAUGGCUCCUGGGCGCAGAGCUGGUGACGGUGCACAUCGAGGCUUUAAUGAAGAGGGUGCAUGGAGCUCUCAGGCGGCUGGCAGGAACACUCAGCCCCGGCGUCUCGCGCUCCGUGCCCGCUCUGCAGUCAGGUCCGCCCCUCCUGAGCCGGCACCAUCAUGGGCGGCUCCACCUCCUCCCUGGUCGAGGAGGUUGAAGGUGACGCUCCCAGAGGUGCAGCUCUGCCCCCGUCCCCCGUCAUGGGGUGUCUGAGGAGCAGCCAGAGCAUCUCUCUCCCUCGACAGCUUCCCCGGCCGGGCCGACACAGAGAGCGCAGUUUCUCCUCGGGGUCGAUGCCCCUGCAGAGGAGCCAGUGGGCUUGUGGCUGCUGUACUUUCCUCAACGCAGCCGGCGCCCCCCGCUGCUCCAUCUGUGAAGCUCCCCGGCAGAAGUCGGACACACGCUGGAUGUGGCAGGCGACCAACAAGGAGGACGGAUGCUGGUCCUGCCCAGACUGCACGCUCUCAAACCCCCCACGCUCUCUGGCCUGCUCUUUGUGCGGCUACAGCGGACCCCUGAACCGAACCCGGGGAUCAUCAGAAGACCUGCCCCCUACUCGGCCUCAGCGCUCCAGUAGCUGCUCCGGCCCCCUGAGACCCUCAGCCGCAGAUGAUGCAGAUAGAAAAAGCCUUAUGUGGGACUGUCGGAGGUGUACUCUGCAGAACACCCCUGCUUCUAUGUCCUGCUCUGCAUGUGGAGGACCACGCAAACUGUCCCUCCCCCAGAUCCCUGCGGAUGCCUUACUUAUCCCUGAGGUCAGCAAUAAAGUGAAGCAGCCAGAACCUGCAGCCAGGUCUCUCUCCCUCUCCAUCUCCAGAGAGUCUGUACCUGUGGAGGCUUCAGACUCCUCCUCCUCCUCUUCAGGUCAUAAUAAUCCCGUCCCCUGCAGCCGCAGAGAGGUGCCCCCCUCAGAGGCCGGCCUCGCUACCUUAAGUCCUUCUCCUUCAUCACUAGCUGUGCCACAUCUCUCAGUUCCAUCAGAGCUGCAGGCCGGCAGGCGGCUCAGCGUCCUGACAGAGGAGAUGUCGCCUGCCUCAGACACCUCUGCAUCGUUCCCACUGUGUGCGGCGCCUGAUAUUAACAGGACAGAGGAGUGGGCGUGUCCGGCGUGCACUCUCAUUAACAAGAUGAAAGCCAAACACUGCCUGGCCUGCCACACUCCGCAGCAGCUCAAACCGGCCCCGUCCGCUAAGAGGAAGGAGAGCAUGCUGGUGGAGGAGCUGCGACAGAGCGAUGAAGGAGAAGCCAAGGAGCUCUGGGAGAACAUCCUCAGCUUCUGCAGAGAGAACUCUGUGACGUUCGUGGACGACAGCUUCCCUCCAGGUCCGAAGUCCGUCGGCUUCCCUGUAGACGACAGCGUCCAGCAUCGAGUCAAAAAGUGGCUCAGACCUCACGAAAUCAACUGCAGCAACUUGAGAGACCGUGUGCUCAAGUGGUCUGUAUUUCGCACACUUCGUCCGUCUGACAUCCUGCAGGGACUUCUGGGUAACUGCUGGUUCCUGAGUGCCUUGGCGGUUCUGGCUGAGCGUCCGGAGCUGGUGGAGAAGGUGAUGGUGACCCGCUGGCUGUGCGCUGAAGGAGCCUAUCAGGUGCGUCUGUGCAAAGACGGAUCGUGGACCACGGUGCUGGUGGACGACAUGCUGCCCUGCGACGAGAGCGGACACCUUCUCUUUUCUCAGGCCCAGCGGAAGCAGCUCUGGGUGGCCCUGAUUGAAAAAGCUUUGGCCAAGCUGCACGGCUCCUACUUUGCUUUGCAGGCAGGUCGAGCCAUCGAGGGCCUGUCCACGCUGACGGGCGCUCCCUGCGAGUCUCUGGCCCUCCAGGUUAGUGCCACCAACCCUAAAGAAGAACCCAUCGACACAGACCUCAUCUGGGCAAAAAUGCUUAGCUCUAAAGAAGCAGGGUUCCUGAUGGGGGCGUCAUGCGGAGGCGGUAACAUGAAGGUGGAUGACUCGGAGUACGAGUCACUGGGUUUACGACCGAGGCAUGCUUACUCUGUCCUGGAUGUGAGGGAUGUAGACAGUCACAGGUUACUGCAGCUGAGGAACCCGUGGGGUCGUUUCUCCUGGACCGGGCCCUGGGCGGACGACUGGCCUAGCUGGCCUCCUCACCUGAAGAGGGAGCUCUGCGCUCAGCGGGCUGAAGACGGCCUGUUCUGGAUGGACUUCUGGGAUUUCAUCAAGUACUUUGACUCAGUGGAUAUCUGUAAGAUCCACUCAGACUGGCAGGAGGUUAGAGUUCCAGGUGUGUUUCCUCGUGGAGCUAACGUCCCGGUGACGGUUGUGUCCAUCACAGUGCUGGAGAGAACAGCCGUGGAGCUGGCAUUAUUCCAGCAGGGCAGCAGGCGGUGGGACACAGCCGACAGCCACCUCCUGGAUUUGUGUGUGUUGGUGUUUCGGGUCUCCUACGACAGCUCAGGUGUCCUGUCGCUCGGUCGUCUGCUGGCUCACAGCCGGCGCUCGGUCAGGAGGUUUGUGGGCUGCGACGUCAUGCUAGAGCCGGGCGAGUACGCCGUGCUCUGCAGCGCCUUCAACCACUGGGUCAAUACGGACACAGAGGACACAGCGAGCUGCAGCAGAUCAGACGAGCCCGGCUUCAUGCUGGCAGUCUACAGCUCCAGACUGGUGAUGGUGGAGCAGAUAACAGCCUCCAACACCACCAUCGCUGAUGCCAUCAUUCAGCUGACAGAAACCAAAGGAGAACGACACGAGGGUCGGGAGGGGAUGACGUGUUACUACCUGACACACGGCUGGGCGGGGCUCAUCGUUAUGGUGGAGAACAGACACCCCAGACAUCACCUCCAUGUUUCCUGCGACUGCAGUGACAGCUUUAACGUGGUGUCGACACGUGGCAGCCUCAAAGCCAUCGACAGCAUCCCUCCUCUUCACAGACAGGUGCUUGUGGUUUUAUCUCAGCUGGAGGGAAAUGCUGGAUUCUCCAUCACACACAGACUGGCUCAUCGUAAAGCCGUCCAGGCUUCUUUGGGGAACUGGAGUCCCUCGAAGGCGACACACAGUCCUGCUCUGAGCCCAGAAACAGCAGGUCUGCAUCAGCCUCGGCCUCUUUGAUGACUGACCGGACGGCGACACCGCGGAUCUGAGAAACAGGGAGAUAACAGAAGUGUUUCAUUUACAAGUCAUGAGAUAUCAGCGGGGAGGCGGGUCCUUUAAAGGAACAGUCCAACACUUAAGGAAUUAGCCUUUUUGUCUCUCAGUGACUCCCAACCGAGGGAACCACAAACAUAAAAGUUGCUUCUGACAUUUUUUAUCAAACGAAAAGAUUUAUCUCAACAAAUAAAAACAACAAAGAAAAUAUCCACCAAGAAAAUGAGCUCAUCAGCAUAAUCUAGAUAGCAAGCAAGUAGAGGUUAUCAAACAGUUGGCUGAUAGAUAAAUUUUUACUCCACAAUUAAUGCUUCAUUCAUGUGCUCCAUGGAUGGUCCCAGUUUCCAGUUUGAGAAGUCGUUCCUCCAACAUGUUGCUGAUCAUGUUCUCAAGUCGGUUUUAACAUUACCUGACUGUUUAAUCAAAAUGUGAUGCUGAUAAAUAUUAAUAUUUUGCAUUAGCUGACUUGUUACUAAGGGUUAAACACCAUACUAAUGUUAAUAAAUAACUUUUCUAACAAGCCUAGGUCAAUCUACAAGGACAGCAACUAACAGUGAUACCAAAUUACGAAUUAUAUUGAAACAAAAAGUUGAUGGGCAACAUGUCUGGAAACAUGGAAAUGUGUUUUUACGAUGUGUCCGACACCACAUGAAUGAAGCAUUAGUUCAAAGUAAUGAUUAAAUAGUUGAAAAAGAUUCAAAUAAAAGGUGAAAAAUAAGCAGAAAUGAUAGCAAGGUUGUAAAAGUUAGCUUUAACAUGAUGAGUAAAGAGCUGAGAUUUCUUACUUCAAGUUUUGGAAAGAAAAUCGAGCUAAAGCUAGAAGAUAUGGACAGAGAGUUUAAAGAUUUUGCUUUAAGUAUGGAAAAUGGGGUAAAACUGUUAGUUUGAAGUUAUGGAUCAAUAAUGAAAUAUCAAAACUAAAACAUUAUACGUGAAAAACAGGUAUAGAAGGUUAAAAGACAACAAAAAUAUUAACAGAUAAAAAUAGUUAGCUAAUAGCUCCAGAUAAACCAUUUAAAUAUGGAUGAACAGUUGGAGUAGUUAGCCAAUAUUAGUUAUUAAUAAAAAAAAACCUAAGUCAUAAGCUAAAACAAAUAAACAAUGCAACUCAUAAGCUAAAAUAUAAUCAGUAGAAGUAUUUAGCUAAAAAAUAAUGAAAACAGUUUGAGGAGUUAGCUUAAAGUUAUGGAUAACAGUGAAAACGGUUAGCUAACACUUAUGGCUAACUAGUGUUAGCUUAAGAUGGAUUAUUAUAAUGGUUUAAUACGCAAUUAAAGCUGUUAGCUAAAAAUAUGUUACAUAUUUGAGGUCAUUAGAUAAACGUUAUUAACAAAGUGAUAAAAUAUUUGGCGUGAAGUUAUGGAUAAGUAGCAGAAAUAUUAAGCUAACAGUUACUGUUCAAACUGCUAGCUAAAAGUCAUGGAUAACAAACUGAAAUCUUUAGCUAAAAGUUAUGAAUAAACUUGAAAUUUCACCUAAAUAUUGUGAAUAAAUGGUUGAACUCAUUAGCUAAAAUAUAAGUCGAAAUGUUUAGCUAAAAGAAAAUGAAAACAGUUUGAGGAGUUAGCUUAAAUUCAUGGAUGACAGUGGAAAUGGUUAAGGAAAUGUUAAGCUAACAGUAAUGGAUAAAUUCGAAAUUUCAUCUAAAUAUGUUGAUUAACAGUUGAAAUCAUUAGCUAAAUGUUGGUGCUGCAAUUAAAGAUGUAAAAGUUGAAAAAGUAAUGUUUUAAAUCAACUUCCACAUAUGUUGUAUAGGUGAUGUCCAUGGGGGAGUGCUAGAGGCUAACAGGGAGCAUUCACUGCAAACAGGCGUAUUUUCUCAUAAUGUUGGACUGUUUUAAAAAGAAGUGUCGUAUUUAGUAAACAACACAACUUGUAGCUGCUGUUUUCUAAAUGUUGGGACUCCUCAGAGACAGAAAUAGAGAUUAAACCUCAUCAUUCAGCACAAGAUCUCAGCUGAGACGUUAGCUAUAGUAUGAAAUACAGGUGUAGCAAUGUGCCACAGGGUCUACAAAACGGUUUUUAAUGUAUUUUAAUUCAAGAAAAGUAUGUUUUUUACACCACUUCAGUUGAAUACGUGUUCUGAGCUGAUCAUUCCUGUCUUCAGAGCCUUUCUGCCAACACCAAAACCAUGAACACAAGUUUCACAUUCCUCAAAAGCUCAUGUAGAACAGAUCAGAUGACACAGGAUGCACUUUAUAUUUUAACUACACAUUUUUAAACACAGGCUGGUCUUCAGGUCCAAACUGUUUUAAUUGCACUGGUGAUAGAUACGUAGUUUCUUAGUUAUUAGUCUGAAGCGGCUGCCACAGUAACACAAACAUGGUGUCAAUUUAGCUCAGUGUUAUCCAGUCUUACUGCAGUCUUUACGGUGAAACGAGUAGGAUGUUUAAAGUCUUAGCUUUAGAGAGGAGACUCGCUGUGUGAACGCAUUUAGCACUUUAUAAACUCUAUGCUGGAUUCUUGCGUUUUACUGUAAAGGAAAUGUUUUUUAAACAUUGUAGAAACAUAUUUUGAGCUUAAAUAUCCAAAAGCAUCAUUGCAAUGUUAGUGACAACAUAUAAACUAUGCAAACGUUUGAAGGCUGUAAUAAUGCUUUGUCAAUUAAAACAUGUAUAGCUCUUUAA